UGAGACGAAGCAAAAAGGACUGAGGAGUAUAACUUUUUGUGUGAAGAAAUGAAAGAAAAAGGAUUGAAGGGAACAUAUAUAUUUCGGCUUGAAUGAGCAAUAGCCAAGACAUUUGACAGAACUGGUUAUAUUAAUUUCAGGAUACAUUGGGUUGGCAUCUGUGCAGCAACUGUAAGAAGAAUGCCUAUUAUAUGUGUUACACUUGUACCUUUUCCUUAUGCAAGGGAUGCAUCAAAGAUGCUGUAAUCCUAUGUGUUAGGGGUAACAAAGGCCUCUGUGAGUCAUGCAUGAAUCUUGUCAUGUUGAUUGAAAGGAAUGAGCAGGCACAAGUAGAUUUUGAUGACAAAUGUAGCUGGGAAUAUCUAUUCAAGGAUUACUGGAUUGAUUUAAAAAGGAGAUUAUCAAUAACUUCCGAUGAACUUGCUAAGGCUAAAAAUCCCUGGAAAGGUGCUGCUAAACUGGAAUCACCUAAUGAACUUCAUGGUUUUAAUGAUGGGGGAGGGACUGACUCAGAUAGUUCUUCUAGGAAUGUGGAAUUAACUGUUUCUAAACGAAGAAAGACUAGGAGUCAAUCAAAGUCACGUGCAAGGGAGGGUGUUUCAGCAAGCACAGCUAGUGGUGAAGGGGCAUCUACAAAUGAAAGUGCUGAGUGGGCAUCAAAAGAGCUCUUGGAAGUUGUCAUGCACAUGAGAAAUGGUGGCAAAUCUGUUUUAUCUCGAAUGGAACUAAGUCAACUUAUACUGGAUUAUAUUCAAAAGCACAAACUUCGAGAUCGUUGCAGUAAGUCUUAUGUCAUUUGUGACUCAAGGCUUAAGAAUCUGUUUGGGAAACCAAGAGUGGGGCAUAUUGAAAUGUUAAAUCUUCUUGACCCUCACAUUUUUUUCACAAAGGAGGAUUCUCAGACAGAUGAUCUUCAAGGGAGUGUUGUUGAUGCUGAAGCUAAUCAACUAGAGGCUGAUUGGAACUCUGAUGCUUUAACAAGGACUGGAAAAGAUAAGAAACGUAAAACACGUAAAAAGGGUGAUGCAAGGGGACUUCAAUCAAAUUUAGAUGAUUAUGCUGCCAUUGAUAUGCAUAAUAUCAAUCUAAUUUAUUUGCGACGAAAUUUGGUGGAAGAUUUGCUCGAAGAUACUGAAACAUUCCAUGACAAAGUUGUUGGGUCUUUUGUGAGAAUAAGAAUAUCUGGUGCCGGUCAAAAGCAAGAUUUGUAUAGGCUAGUGCAAGUUGUUGGUACAAGCAAAGUUGCUGAACCAUACAGAGUUGGCAAAAGAACAACCGAUUCUCUAUUAGAGAUUUUAAAUUUAAAUAAGACAGAGGUCAUCUCAAUUGAUAUUAUAUCAAAUCAAGAGUUCACUGAGGAUGAAUGCAAGCGUCUGCGCCAGAGCAUAAAGUUUGGACUUAUAAAGCGGCUGACUGUGGGAGAUAUACAAGAAAAGGCAAUGGCAAUCCAGGCAGUCAGAGUCAAAGAUUGGCUGGAAUCAGAGAUAAUGCGUCUCAGUCAUCUUCGUGAUCGAGCUAGUGAAAAAGGACGUAGAAAGGAGCUUAGAGAAUGUGUAGAGAAAUUGCAGAUUUUAAAGGCACCUGAGGAACGACAGCGUAGAUUAGAGGAGAUUCCAGAGAUACAUGUGGACCCCAAAAUGGAUCCUAGUUACGAAUCUGAAGAAGAUGAAGGAGAAGAUGAUAAGAAACAAGAUAACUUUAUGAGGCCAAGAGGUAGCUUUGGCAGGAGAGGGAAGGAAGCAAUUUCUCCCCGGAAUGGAGGUCUCAGUUCAAGUGAUUCUUGGAGUGGGAGUAGAAAUUAUACUAGCAUGAAUCGGGAAUUAAGCAGGAACUUAUCUAAUAAAGGAUUUACGAGCAAAGGAGAUGAUUCUAUUGGAACUAGUGAAAUGGGAAAUGGAAAUUUAUGGAACCCAGGACGGGAGAGAGAAACACAACAACAAAACAGUUGGGACCGGCCAAAAACUGCUUUGAGUUCAGAAAUUGGCUUGAGGAAGGACCACUCUGCUGUAAUACAGGAACCACCUUUGAAGGUUGGGUCAGAAAUUUCACCUACACCACUGCCCACAGGAGUAACGACUGUUCCAAUUAAUGAAACGGAGAAAAUUUGGCAUUACAAGGAUCCAUCUCGCAAGGUUCAAGGACCAUUUUCAAUGGUGCAGCUGCGGAAAUGGAGUAACACUGGAUAUUUCCCUGCUGAAUUAAAAAUUUGGAGAACUAAUGAGAAGCAAGAUGAUUCUAUACUUUUGACUGAUGCCUUGGCUGGAAAGUUUCAGAAAGACCCUGCAGUAGCAGAUAGCUUUCCAAAGGCUCAAAAGGCCUUGUAUGGGAACUCUCUUGGAGCAACCUUGAAUCAAGGAAUAGAAAGUCAAGUUGGAGAAAGAUUGAGGUUUGAUCAAAAUCAUGAAGCUUGGAGUCCUCAGCAUACUUUGGGUUUGUCAGGCCAAUCUGCUGGAGAAAGUUUGAAAUCUCAAAAUGAAGUCAGUUCUUCCACAGUCAGAGUUGCUCCAUCUUCACUUGAGAUCCCGAAGUAUUCUCGAGAUACAUGGGGCUCUGACACAAACCUACCUUCUCCCACUCCAAACCAAAAUCCCACUGGUGGGACUAAGGGACAAGCAUUUGAAAGCAACUGGUCACCUACCCCUGUUCAGUCAACGGGUUCUCUUUCUGUAGCUAAUCCAUUCCAAGGAGGUACCGCAGGGCUGCAACCUCCCGUUGUUUCAGAGAGUGGGAGCCCAGUUGCUCCUUUAGUGCAUUCUCAUCCGAUGGUGUCAGGUGAAUCAAACAGGACACAGGUCAAUGCUCAGGCUUCAAUUAAUUCAGGUGCUGAUUUGAAAAAUGCUGGUGCAUCUCUUCAGAAUUUGGUUCAAUCUGUGAGUUAUCAUAAUCCUUCUGUUGAAACUCAUGGAUGGGGUUCUGGCUCAGUCUCAAGGCAAGAAGCAGUUGCCACGUCAUUUAUGCCAGCAACUGGAACUCAAGCAUGGGGAAAUGCAUCAGCUCAGAAGCUAGAGCCAAAUCCCUCACCUGCCAUGCCUGCUCAACCUGCUGCUUAUGGUCACUGGAAUUGCGCAUCACAAUCUGGUCAAAUUUCUGCUCCUUUCGGCAUAGGGAAUCCUGCUGGGGUAUUUCCUACUCCUGGCCAACCGACUAUGUUGGCAUCGGAUUCUUGGAUGCCUACUGUUCCACUUCAGUCAAAAGUUCAGCUUCCUGCUCCGCCCAAUCUACCUUGGGGUAUGUCUGUUGCAGAAACCCAAUGUGCUGGCCUGAGACAGGCACCAGCAAAUCAGAACACUGGUUGGGGGCCAAUGCCGGGGAAUCAAAACAUGGGAUGGGGAGCACCUCUCCCUGCAAAUACUAAUGUUAACUGGGGAGCUGCUAGUCAUGGAUCAGCAUCUGUUAAUCCAAAUCCCGGUUGGGCUACACCUAGCCAAGGACAAGUGCCAGGGAAUGCAAAUUCAGGUUGGACUACUCCUGGGAAUGCAAUGCAAGGAUGGGCACCACCUGUCCAAGGGCCCACCAUUUUUAAUGCAAAUUCUGGAUGGGUUGCCCCCGCGCAAGGGGCAGCAUCAGGAGGUGCAAAUCCAGGUUAUGUGGCGCCCUCUGGAAAUUCAGGCAUGUGGGGAAAUGAAUCAAAUUACUAUGGAGACAAGUUCUCGAAUCAAAGUGAUAUGGGCUCUCAAGGUGGUGAUUCUGGUUUUGGUGGGGUCAAACCUUGGAAUAGACAGUCAUCCUUUGGCAGUGGAGGAAGUUCUUCGAGGUCGCCCUUCAAAGGGCAGAGAGUGUGCAAAUUCCAUGAAAAUGGGAACUGCAAGAAAGGAGCUUCAUGUGAUUAUUUGCACCCUUAAAUUUUGGCCAAUUUAGAGCAGCAUAGAGUAUAUCUGUACAGUAAAAUUCCAUUGGAAAAUUCCUGACAUUAUAUUAUCAUUGCAUGAUUUAUGCAUGUAAAACCUUUUUUUUUUAUUUUGUAGUUUAGCACCUCUUCUUUUUCUUCUAAUGUCGUCCUAACUCUUUAAUGUGAAUAAUUCCCUUUCUAUUAUGACACCAGUUGAUUUAUGGCAGCCAUGUUCGAUUAUUAGAAUUGCUAAAUGUGGUAGCUCGAAUUGCCUCUUGGUUACUGUUGAACUAUGGCUAAUAAGUACUGCACGUCCGUUUUUGGGCCCGUGAAUCUACAUGGAUAACGAAAAAAAAAUGUUUGAUAUAUUUUCAAUGCGAAUGUGAUAGAACUCCAAAAGUGAGAUCAUUAUGCAUGAUUUGCUUGGCUUAUUUAAUUCUUUGAUGAAUCCAAAUGCUUGAUUAUAAAGUGAAUAUAUGUUUGUAGUUGGCAGUUGCAUCAUGUCAUUUUCUUCCAGCCUUGCAGCUAAUAUAUAUUAUACUGAUGAGGCAAGAAUAUUGCUGAAAAUACAAGUAUAAACUAAGAAAUGAAUGGCAAAUUUUCCAUUUCCAUCGCAUCAAAAGCAGCAAGACCACAUUACCCCACCAAAUGUACCAUAUUUUGAUCAUCACUGUGGUCCACAGACAAUGGUGUUAGUGAAUCUUGAACUCAGGCUUCUUGGUCAGAGCACUGGGAGGCCAGGGCAGUCCACUCGCAAUACUGAGUCAGCCCCCAUUAACCCCUUCCAGCUUUGAUUCAGAUAUUUCAACCACUCGGCCAAUCUGCCCAGCUUUCGUGGUCUCAAAUCAAACCUACAUUAUUUUACAAUUCUUGGUCCCUUAAGUCCCCUUCCAGCCCACCACACAC